AUGGCUCCUCCAUCUGUUUCGGCCCUGGGCAUGGCCCUCAACGGCAAAUCCGCAUCUGUCGAUAUCCCAAAGCCUCGCGAUGCCCUCAAAGGCCGGGACAACUUCACUGCUGUAUCGGCCAACUCCAAGAAGCGUGCUGGCAUGUUGCCAACGCCUCCAAACUCCAUAUCUCCGAACCUCCUGCCGCGUGGCCAUAGUCGUCGAGACAGUAACCAGCAUGGUCCGCUGUCACCCAAGAGCACGGCGUUGGACUCAGACAUCGACUUGCAAGAUGCGCCCGACAACCCUAAACCCACCGCGUUGAGCGCUGAGGCACUCGACAGUCUGGGUGACCUGGACUCGGCCGGCGCCAUCACUCCGAACAUGCUGGCAAAACAUCAUCUCCCAGACAUCUUGCUGUCUCACGGCCCUUUGGCCAUCAGGCACAUCAUGGGCUAUCUGACAACCUCAGUGCCCGGCUUCUCACGUAUCACUUCAGCCAAGGCGCGUCGCCUGGUCGUAGCGGCACUUGAAGGCAAAGGUGGUGGUGGGCUCGAAAGUGCCGGCCGCGACGGAGACGUGAUAUUUGAAAAGGUCGGAUGGGGGCGAUGGGACGCUCGGAUGAAGGGCCAACCACCCCGUGAGCGUCACGGCUCUACCAUCACUCCUCCGGGAAGUUUACCAUCCUCCUACUCCCACUCAGGCCUCCAAGUGCCGACCCAACGUUCCUGGCGUACAGGGUCGGAAAACCUAGGGACCAGCUACACUGGCAAUUCGGCGGUCUUUUCCCACUCGGAAAUGGAUUAUGAGGAUCAAGACAUGCUGGAGCAUGAAGCUGAUAAAAUGUCCUUGGAUAACGACGAUGACGGCUACGUCUCUUCGGUCGCCCCCGAGCCUCUUGACGAAGACCUCGGUGACGGGGAGAUGACAGACGAGGAGGACUGGGCUAGCAUCGGAGCCGCCGCACUUCGAGCUAGGUCUCUUCCCAAUCAAGGCAGAUCGGUGUCUGGUCCAGGCAGACUAUAUCAACCCAUCGCGACCUACUCUUAUCGACCAAGGUAUCGGUCCAAAACACCUGCCGAUCUUGCGCACACUGCUCCGACCAACCCGAUCCCCGUGAACCACUCGACCACAUUCACGUUUCCCAAUGGCGCUGGCGUUAAUGAUUCUCAGGAACGAGCUGCUAUCGAAGCUCUCCUGAGCCUGGGAUCUAUGUAA